UGAGCGUCUGAUCAGUGUGGAGCUGCCAGCACUGUGUAAGGAGAAAUUCCCUGUGUGGUCUUAAAUACCCCCUAAUAGAAGCCUCUGAAGACUCAGUCCUUCAGAAAAAUUACCCUUUAUUUUCCGUUUAAUAUAGUAUCUGUGUUGGCUUUUGGCAACUAUCUCUGUCUGCAGAUAUUCCGGAAUGAAGAUUUUGCCGUUGGAGUAGGAGAGGAGCACAAAGCUGAGACCGUGUUCCCAGAAUGAGUGGAGGCAGCACGGGCACUGGAGCGGCCCCAUGCCGCUUCGCCCACUACUUCGUGAUAUGCGGUAUAGACACUGAAACCGGUCUGGAACCCGACGAAUUGGCAGCUUUGUACCAAUGGCUUGAGGCUGAUCGGCUGGGCAGGAGCCCAGAGGCUGCAAAUGAAGGGGAGAACUUUGAAGAGAGCCCCCUCAAGAGGACCUUCAAGUCCAAGGUCCUCUCCCACUUCCCGGAGAACGUCGAGUGGAACCCCUUCGACCGAGAUGCCGUCAACAUGCUCUGCAUGCCGAAGGGCCUGUCGUUCCGGACGCAGGCGGACGAGCGGGAGCCCCAGUUCCACUCCUUCCUGAUCACGCGGGAGGACGGCUCGCGCACCUACGGCUUCGUGCACACCUUCUACGAGGAGGUGCGCAGCCGCAGGAUCUGCGCAGCCAUGCAGACGCUGCAGCAGAUGCACCGGGCCGAGCGGAGCCCCGGCGGCAGCGCCGGCGCCUCCUCCUCCUCCUCCUCUUCCUCCUCCUCCUCCAGCAUGGACUCGCUGGCCAGCAGCCUGGACGAGGCCGACGCCGGCCCGCCCGCCGCCGCCGGGGGGGGCGGCUCGGGCACAUAUGACGCGGCCCGUGACACGCUGUACGUCUCCAAGGCGCUGUGCCUGAUCGCGCCCAUGCCCUUCCUGCACGCCUGCCGCCGCUUCCUGGCCCAGCUGCACCGGGCCGUCGCCGGGCCCCGCCCGCCGCCGCUGCCGCUGGAGAGCUACAUCCACAACCUGCUGUACGAGGUGCCGCUGCCGCCGCCGGGCCGCUCGCUCAAGUUCCACGGCGUGUACGAGCCAAUCGUGUGCCAGCGGCCCGGCCCCGGGGAGCUCCCAUUGGCCGAGUUCCCCCUGGGCACCGCCUUCCAGCUGCUGGGCGUGGAGAACCUGGUGCAGGUGUUCACCUGCGUGCUGCUGGAGAUGCAGAUCCUGCUCUACUCGCAAGACUACCAGCGGUUGAUGACGGUUGCCGAGGGCAUCACCACCCUGCUGUUCCCCUUCCAGUGGCAGCACGUGUACGUGCCCAUCCUGCCCGCCUCCCUGCGCCACUUCCUGGACGCCCCUGUGCCCUACCUGAUGGGCCUCCAGUCCAAAGAGGGAACUGACCGCUCCAAACUGGAGCUGCCCCAGGAGGCCAACCUGUGCUUCGUGGACAUCGACAACCACUGCGUGGAGCUCCCGGAGGACUUCCCUCAGUUCCCCAACAAGGCCCAGUUCGUCCAGGAGCUGACGGAGGUGCUCCUGCGUUUCGGCGUCUCCCCGGAGGACGCCGCCGCGCCCGCCGCCCCGCCCGCCGGCCCCGCCCGCCUGAAGGGCGUGGCGCUGCGCGAGCUGGUGGACGACGGGCGGAACGGGAACCUGGGCGGCGAGGCGCUGGCGGUGCUGGAGAGGCUGCAGGCGCUGGCCCGGCGGACGGGCGUGGCGGUGGAGGGCGUGGAGGCGCUGGGCCAGGGGGGGCCGGGGGGGCCGGGGGGGCGGUCCCCCGAGGAGGAGGAGGAGCUGUGGAACGCCAAGCUGAACGUGCAGCUGAGGGAGGUGUUCGCCGGCCGCUUCACCACCAUGUUCGCCGACUACGAGGCCUUCGUCAUCCAGAGCGCCCCCGACCUGGAGGCCUGGCUCACCAACCGGGAGCAGAUGCACAACUUCGACAAGGCCUCCUUCCUGUCGGACCAGCCGGAGCCCUACCUGCCCUUCCUGUCGCACUUCAUCGAGACGCAGAUGUUCGCCACCUUCAUCGACCAGAAGAUCAUGUCGCAGUGGGAGGAGAAGGAGGCGGCGCUGCGCGUGUUCGACGGGCGCGUGGAGAAGGCCCGGCUCUACAGCGCGCGCGCCCCCAGCCUGCGCUCCUCCAGCUACCAGAGGUGCUCCGUGCUCAAGGAGUCAGCCCAAGCCAUCGAGCAGAGGCUGAUGAAGAUCGACCACACGGCCAUCCACCCCCACCUGCUGGACAUGAAGAUUGGCCAGGGCAAGUACGAGCAGGGCUUCUUCCCCAAGCUGCAGGCAGACGUGCUGGCCACCGGCCCGACCAAUAACAAGUGGUCGAGUCGCACCGCCUCCUCCCAACGCAGGAAGGACCGUCACAGACAGCACUCUGAACACCUGGGCCUGGACAACGACCUGAAAGAGCAGGUAGAGGGGUGUCUGGUCCUGCAGAACUCCAUGGCUUUCUGGGAGUGGGACAAAGCGUCACCCCCACCCAUAAAACCACCCAAAAAGUCCUUCUCUGCCUGCUGCCUGAAGUACAUGCAGGAGGCGAGGAGCCUGGGGAAGAACCUCCGGCAGCCCAAACUGUCGGACCUGUCCCCCGCCGUCAUCGCUCAGACCAACUGGAAGUUCGUGGAGGGCCUGCUGAAGGAGUGUCGCUUGAAGACGAAGCGCAUGCUGGUGGAGAAGAUGGGGCGGGAGGCGGUGGAGCUGGGCCACGGGGAGGCCAACAUCACGGGGCUGGAGGAGAACACGCUCAUCGCCAGCCUCUGCGACCUGCUGGAGAGGAUCUGGAGCCACGGCCUGCAGGUCAAACAGGGGAAAUCUGCCCUGUGGUCCCACCUGCUGCACUACCAGGUGAGAGAGGAGAAGCUGGAGCAGCAGGCUGAGUCACCAGUUUCCAACGGGACAGAGCGCCGGAAAUCGGACUCGGGCCUGGGACUGCCCCAGCUGAGGGUGUCCGUCAUACAGGACAUGAGGCACAUUCAGAAUAUGAGUGAGAUUAAAACAGAUGUGGGACGAGCUCGGGCCUGGAUCCGCCUGUCUCUGGAGAAGAAGCUGCUCUCCCAACACCUCAAACAGCUGCUGAGCCGCCAGGCCUUAACCAAAAAGCUGUAUAAGCGCUAUGCUUUCCUGCGCUGCGAGGAGGAGAAGGAGCAGUUCCUCUACCACCUCCUCUCCCUCAACGCCGUGGAUUACUUCUGCUUCACCAGCGUCUUCACCACCAUCAUGAUCCCGUACCGGGCCGUCAUCAUCCCCAUCAAGAAGCUGAGCAACGCCAUGACGACCUCCAACCCCUGGGUGUGCGUCUCGGGGGAGCUGGGCGACUCGGGCGUCAUGCAGAUCCCCAAGAACGUGCUGGAGAUGACCUUCGACUCUGCCUUUAGACCUCAUCACACCCACAUCUCCACAGUGUUCAAGUGUCAGAAUCUGGGAAAGCUCACCACUGUUCAGCUGGGUCAUGACAACUCGGGGCUGCUGGCCAAGUGGUUGGUGGACUGUGUGAUGGUGCGCAACGAGAUCACAGGACACACCUACAGGUUCCCGUGCGGCCGCUGGCUGGGGAAGGGCGUGGACGACGGCAGUCUGGAGCGGGUCCUGAUUGGUGAGCUGGUGGUGCCGAGCGGCGAGGAGGAGGGGGGCAAACCGUGCCGGACUCCGCCCCUGCAGCGCUCCCCAUCCCAGACCCGGCGCAUCAGCGUCACCUCCCUGAGCCGCGGCGGCAAGCCCAAUGGCGUGCAGAUCCAGGAGGCCAUCGGGGAAGCGGUGAACAACAUUGUGAAACACUUCCACAAGCCGGAGAAAGAGAGAGGGAGCCUGACCAUCCUGCUGUGUGGGGAGAACGGGCUGGUCUGCGCGCUGGAGCAGUUCUUCCACCACGGCUUCAAGUCCGCACGCCUCUUCCAGAAGAACGUCUUCGUGUGGGACUUUGUGGAGAAGGCCGUGGCGUACCUGGACACGGCCGAUCAGAUAGGUGACCUGCAGGAGGCGCCGGAGCCGCUGGGUCAGACCUGCGAGACCUUCUGCCACUACGUGAGCGCCAUCAACAGCACGCCACGCAACAUCGGCAAGGACGGCAAGUUCCAGCUGCUGGUGUGCCUGGGGGCCAGGGACCGCCUGCUGCCUCAGUGGAUCCCCCUGCUGGUGGAGUGCCCGAUGAUCGCGCGCAUGUACGAGGAGAGCGCCCUGCUGCGCGACCGCACCACCGUCAACACACUCAUCGGCGUCCUGCAGACGCUGCACGACUUCAGCGUCACCCUGGAGACCUCCCUCACUAAGGGCAUACACCUAUAGCCGCCGGGGAUGCUGGGAGAUCACACAGACUUCAGGAAACCACCCCCAUGCCCCCCCCCCUCCCCCCCACCUCAUUUACCCCUCCUCUUCCCUCAGUUCGCCCAUUCCCACUGCAGAAGACUGACACCGUCUGGGAGGCUGACACUGGGGGGUCACAUGAUGACUGAAGGGGGCGUGGCAGGGUGGGGCCCACGCAGUGCUAAUUAAAGGCCGAGGCGUGUGGGCGGAACCUGAGAGCUCUGUCCAUGGGUGGAUGCAGUAUUACUUUAUCUCCUUAUUUCCUCAUUCAAGAGCUCUUUUUGGCAUUUGGUGACGAUUUUCUUUUUUUUCCCGUUUUACUUGAUUUGUGUAAAUGCCACUGUUUCAUGGUUUCAUGCACAUCCUCAGCCUUCUGAAACGUCAACAUGUGCUUUUCUUACAAGUCUGAACGAGACGACGCUGCACCAUGGGCUCCAGUUAGCGCUGAGUGGCAUGCCUGUGCUUCAUAUUGAACUUAGAUGAAUUGAAGAGAGAAGCUGCAUAUUAGGAGGCUGUAAUACUUGGUAGAUACCCCCCCCCCUCCCCUUGCUGCCUGCAGGCUCACUGCUGUGUCUCUGUACUUUGUCUCAGAGAGGCCCGAUGGCCUCAUUGGAUGACGAUGUCAUUAGCUCACAGCCUAUUCGUUCACUGACUUGUCCGUCACCUGUGGGCUGGUCUGGCUGGCGUGACGGAACUUGACCCCUCGACACACGUGAAUUUUCGUCACCGAGGCAACAAAGAAGUGAUGCUGUGGCUGAUGUCAUUAACCCGAUCACAACUCCAGCGUUCUCUCCUCCUCUCUCUCUGGUCACACUGGGCAUGCCUACACUCGUCGUUAUGACUGUUUUUGUUGCUGCUGGAAACUUGAAAUGCUUGCGUUGUUCUGCCAUCAUAGUCUUUUGUUUUUGGUCUUCUGAAAAACGUGGGCUAAAAGAGUCAAAAUCAGUGCUCGCUCCUCCCUGUCAUGGUCGCUGCUGGUGAUAGGGGUGUAUAGACAGUACAGUAGUGUCCGAACUCCCAUUGAUCUCUGAUAGGAUAGACUGUGUGUUUCUGCCAAUAAUUUCAAAAAUAAUCCUAUGGUUUUGAUAAUGCUUGCAUCCCUUUUGUUGGAUGAAAAUAACAGAAUACAUUGAAAAUACACAUGCAUAGCAAUAACUUAAUUAAGAUAAGCUUACGUACUCUUUCUUUGUCCUAUGAUGUGAGACAUUCUUGGGUCAUCGAAACCUAAAUAUAAUCAAGUUGCACGUGUCAAAUUAUUUUCAAUUUUUAUUUAAAGGAAAGCAUUUUGAAUCAUUAUUUUAAAUAAUGAUAUAUUUUGUUCAGGUUUAGUUUCUGUUUUUAAUUGAGUUCUGUGUUCCUGUGCAGUGCUACUGAUGUGGUUUACCACUUAAAAGUUAAAAUGAACAAGAUGCUGCAAAUGUACAGCAAUGUACUCCUGUGUAAGAAAAAUCAGUAUGCUGGCUCCUUGGCUUUUGUGACAACAGUAGAUGCAAACGCAACUGACAGAUUGUAGCGUUGUGCUUAUGCUAUUUUUUUUAUUGUGCCUGGAAAAAAAAAUAAGCCAGUGCUCAGAUUUUUCCUGAUCCUCCAGAGUCGCCGUAGGAACCUGAAACGGACAGCGUGUCCCACGGUGAAAUGUUCAGUUUUAAAUCUCUGUUGGGCUCAUAAUGUACUCUGUUAAGAGUUGAAUUAACACUGGACAUUUUGCUGUGUGGGUGUGGUUUCUCCUCACACUUUCAUUGUGGAGACCAAGGUGUUACCAGUGUUAAAUUUAGUCUGGUUUAGAUCUCAUCAUGCUCAAAUGUGCCACAGACCACACGUAGUACUGUGCAAUUUUAUUUUGAUUUAUUUUAUUUUGUUUUUUGGUUUUACGUGCAGUUUUUUUUUUUGUAAUGCACAAUGACUGGAUUACGCGUUUUGGUAGCUUUGUUUUAUCCUUAGAAUGUACGCGAUGCGGUGUGGGUUUAAUUCCGCCGUUUGAAAGAAGCAUGCAGAGAAAAGAUCUAUAUUUUUGUCUCUCUCCUCUCGUUUGAAGGUAAGUCCUGAUACACUGAAGUUGAAGUUGUUCCAGAUACAGGGUUCUUCUCAUGACCUUCCUGUCUUUGUGUUGCUGCUUCGUGAUAUUUGUUUUGGUUUGCUCUUUUUUUUUCCUGUGGUCAUAUACAUAUUUUCGUAAAACGUGACCUCUGAUAGCCUAAGAGCAGACUGUAAAAUUCGAGGCGUUUGAGUAACUGUGAAUGUUUCGUUCCUUCACGAUGUCGAUGUGAAUUGAGCGCUCUGUGUCGAAGGCCCAGGCCACAGAGCAUCUCUUUAUUUAAAGUGAACAGUUUCUCAUGUCCGCGAGGAUGAGCAGUCCUUGUGUUAUUAUGCUUUGUUGUGAUAUUUAUGAAACAUCUCAUUAAAGAUGCUCUGUACAUCUGUUGAAGCAGGGUUGUGUUUCCCCUCCCCUCCCCCCUCCCCCCCCCAUAUUAAAAAGUGCAAGAGCCUCAUCCUCAUCCUUUUGGAAUAAAAGCUUUGGAAUGGACUGUG